AUGGGCGUGGGGCGUCAGUACUUCGGCCUUCGGGGCACGAAGCUGAACAUUGCCAUUGGCAUCAUUGCCGGCUUGGAUUUCUUAGGUGUCAUGGGCGGGCUCUUGACUCUCCCUUCUUUCGAAAAGGUCUUCCCUGAAAUCGCUACUAGCAAAGAAGCAGUUGUGGGCUUGACCCAGGCUGAAAAGAACCACCGAUCUACCAUUCAGGGUAUCUCGGUUGCAUCGUAUAAUCUCGGGUGUUUUGUUGGCGCGAUCGCUUGUAUCUGGGUCGGUGACAGGCUUGGACGUCGAAAGACCAUCUGGCUAGGUGCAGCUGUCAUGGUCGUUGGUGCUGCUCUCCAAGCCUCUGCCUUUGGUCUCCCACACUUCAUCGUCGGUCGCCUUGUAACUGGCUUCGGUAAUGGCUUGAACACAUCAACCGUACCAACAUGGCAGUCUGAAUGUUCGAAAUCUCACAGAAGAGGGCAGCUCGUCAUGGUCGAAGGUGCUCUGAUUACCGGAGGUAUCUGUAUCAGUUACUGGCUGGACUUUGGCUUCUCCUUCCUCGAGCCCAGCUCAGUCACAUGGCGGUUCCCAAUUGCCUUCCAGAUCGUCUUUGCUCUCAUCAUCAUGCUCGUAGUUAUGGGCCUUCCAGAGUCUCCCCGGUGGCUCGUCCUUAAGGGCCAGGAAGACGAAGCUAUGAAUGUUUUGGCUGCACUUAGCGAUCUGGACAGGGAGGAUCGAUUUGUCCAUGCGGAGUUCAGUGCAAUCAAGGAUACCGUCAUUGAGAUGCAGAAGGGCGGUUUCAGGGACCUUUUCACCAUGGACAAGGACCGUCACUUGCAUCGUGUCAUUCUCGCAUACGUCAACCAGAUGUUCCAGCAGAUUUCUGGCAUCAACCUCAUCACAUACUAUGCCGCCACCAUCUACGAAGGAAGCAUUGGUCUUAGCCCGUUCCUCUCGCGAGUCCUUGCAGCUUGCAAUGGUACUGAAUAUUUCAUUGCAUCCUGGAUUGCCGUAUUUGUCGUUGAAAAAAUUGGCCGCCGUAUUCUCAUGUUGUUCGGUGCUGUGGGCAUGUCCCUCUCCAUGGCUGUCCUCGCCAUUGCCACUAGUUUCAAAGGCCAGACAGAAGCUGGUAUCGUCGCAGCUGUCUUCCUCUUCGUUUUCAACACCUUCUUCGCCAUCGGCUGGCUUGGUAUGACUUGGUUGUACCCUGCAGAAAUUGUCCCUCUGCGAAUCCGUGCUCCAGCCAAUGCCCUGGCUACCUCAGGAAACUGGAUCUUCAACUUCAUGGUUGUCAUGAUCACCCCUGUUUCUUUCUCUUCGAUCGAAUACAAGACAUACAUCAUCUUUGCGGUCAUAAACGCCUUCAUUGUUCCAGUAGUAUAUUUCUUCUACCCAGAGACAGCCUACCGCUCCCUUGAAGAAAUGGACUCUAUCUUCAGAAAGACCAAGUCCAUCUUCACCGUGGUAAAAAUAGCUCACGAAACUCCACGACGAUACGGCAAGAAUGGUGAAGUCCUCAUCGAUUAUGAUGAGACAGAUGAGCACAGAGCCCGUGCUGGCAUCACCCAGGAGGAGACCACAACAUCAUUCCCCGAGAAAAGUCAUGCAAACCCAGACCAUGACGCUGAAACUGGCAACUCGAAUAGCCCGAGUAACCAGAGCACAGCAUAA